AUGGACAAAAUUUGUAAUGUAUUAAAGGAAUAUACAGAACUUGAAAGUAAUAACAUAAUUGAUUUAUUCAAAGAAUACAGCGCAAGCACAAAAGACAAAACGGAGAAUCAUUCGAGACUUAAAAAAAUAGAAUGUACUAAACUAAUGGCAUUUGAUGCUAACGGUUUAUACGCUUCCGCCAUGUCGGAUUUAGACAGUGAAUAUCCGAGAGCGGAAAGUGGAAGACCGUUUCUACCAGAAGAAGAAACAGAAUUUGUAAAACUCUUCAAUAAACAAAAAUUCAGACCUAGAACAGCUAUUUUAACAGUGUGGUUUGACUAUCCCAAAAACAUGUUCUUCCAACCGAUACCAGCUAAAGAUAAAAUCACUUUCACGAAUAAAGAAGCAAGCGGACAUGAUGUGUCGAACGAAUUUAAUAAACCAUGGGAAAAAAGUUUCACCAAUGGAGUAGUUAUUCCAAAUGAUAAACAAACUAAAGUUUUUAGAAGUUAUUUGAAUAAUGUUAAAAGAAAACCACCAAACAGUGAAGGAAUUAUGUAUCCUUACAACGACAAGGAUGAGUAUAGUUUUGAUGAAAACUAUGAAUUUGAUGAUUUCGAUUAUCUUACUAUUCAAGAAGAGAAUGAAGAUUGUUUUAAAUGA